CGCCGGGGGCCGGCGAGCCAAUGGCGCGGCGGGAGGGCGGUGGAGCGUGCCAAGAUGGAGGAGUACGCGCGCGAGCCCUGUCCCUGGAGGAUAGUGGAUGACUGCGGGGGCGCUUUCACAAUGGGAGCCAUAGGAGGUGGCAUUUUCCAAGCUAUCAAGGGGUUCAGAAAUUCCCCAGUGGGUGUAAACCACCGGCUGCGGGGAAGUUUGACAGCUGUUAAAACCAGAGCGCCACAGUUGGGAGGUAGUUUUGCUGUUUGGGGAGGACUCUUCUCCAUGAUUGACUGCAGUAUGGUAAGAAUGAGAGGUAAAGAAGAUCCAUGGAAUUCAAUCACAAGCGGAGCCCUAACUGGAGCCAUAUUAGCUGCAAGAAAUGGACCUGUUGCCAUGGUUGGAUCUGCUGCAAUGGGAGGAAUUCUCCUAGCUUUAAUUGAAGGAGCUGGUAUUCUGUUAACAAGAUUUGCAUCCACACAGUUUCCAAAUGGCCCUCAAUUUUCAGAUGACCCCUCCCAGUUGCAGCCCUCUCCAUUUGGCGACUACAGACAAUACCAGUGAUUAUCUUCAUUCUGCUAGUUCAUACUGUUACGUGAGCUGUAAUUUAAAAUGCUGGAGGACCAAGAUGUGGUAUGUUGUAACACCAGUUGUAGUCUCUUACACAAACCAUGCCAAGAGGACCUUCAGCACUUCCGUGCAGCUUUACACUGGGAACUUUUAGAAGAUCGAUAUAUUUAUUCAUACUAGAUUCCAUUGCUGUAAUGUUAAUACAUGUCUGAUAGAAUACAUGGAGAUUUAAGACAAGGACCAAAUGGAGUCUUGUAAUCCUUUGGACGUGGACUGAAGUGAAUUUCUUUGGAGUCUUCUCUGACGUGUGGCAUUAACCAUCAACAGUGAAAGCAUCUGGAGUUUAGCUUCUUCUCUGUGAGGUUUAGGUUGCAACACAGAUUUCAGCUUAAGGCAAAGAACACAUCUACAUACAGUCCUGUUUUACACUCCUGAGGCGAAUGUUAUUGGGAGGAUAUGCAAGCCAGUGAAAGUUACUUCCAGCAAUAUGUUUUUCACAUUGAUCUAUGUUUUGUACAUGAUUGCCAUGCAAAAUAAGUUCUUCAGUUAAAGCCGAAUCUCUCUGUUGUGAAUCCACAGGCUGCAGUGUACUUCUGGCCUUCCUGUAAACUGCCAAGGCCUGAGCCCCUUUUGGCAAGAAGCAGCGGCUUGGUAAUUCUGCUGCUGAGCCGAGAUCGUAGCUUUGGCUUCAGCUCCGCUGCUGCUUGCUGUGGCUCCCGCAACGAGCUCCAAAGGGAACAGUGUAGAAAGCUUCCGCUCCUAGAGCUGCUUGAUGAGGAGAUGGCCGUAGGGCCCCAGAGCAAAAGGAGAUGAGAAAAAAUACGUAGGUGUGUGGGGCUGGAGGGGUGAAGCAGAUCCUACCUGUAUGCAUGCUGCCGUUGCAGCCUCUCUUGCCCUGACUCUUGGAUCCUGUCCUCCAACUGCUCUGGAAAGAAGCAUCAGUACAACAUUUACACUUUGUUUUUGUUCUUAAAACUCCAGUGAUGGAGGCAUGUUCCCUUUUGCCAGCAGUGACAAAAUUGUAUCCAGCGGGGUUUUCUGUUGUAUGUCCUAAUUAAUGCUAUUGCUUGCUGGCAGUUCUUGGUAGAAUAUUCAUACUUGCACACUUGCUUUUGUAAUAUUCUCUGAGCCACUUCAUGGCUUUCCCUCUGCCCAGGAAGGUGCUUAAUCUCUGCACCCUCUGUGAAGAAACUAAAUCAGACCUGUUUAGCAGGAGGAGAGGAUGAACACAACACGAAAGCGGUCACUGUAACAUUUGGUAAAUGGGGAAUUAGAAUUGUACGGUGUGUGCAUGCAGUAGGAAGAUCCUGAAUGCAGGGCUCCUAUGUCCUGUCAUUCUGUAAAAGUGAGAUUUGUCAUGCCUCUUUCCAUCAGCUUGCCUGUCCUGAAACUCCUCCAGGACUACUGUGCCUUGCUUUCUGACUGCCUGGUACCUUACGGUUUAGUUUAGUUGCUGCUGGUGUGUAAUUUUCAAAACUCUUUAGCAAAAAAGCACUGUAUUUGUGAAGACAUGUUGUGCUUUGCUGCUUACUUGGUUCCUCAGGUGAAUUGUAAAGACAAUUUUUGCGAUUUAUGUCA